CACCGUGCUCGGCCCUGGCCAAUCACGUGACCACCGGCCCUCGCCCCGCUCCAGUCGCUCAGUCGCAGUCCAGGGAUCCGGCGGAAUACAAUAACAGCUAUUUCUCCCUCAAAAAUACUCCAAAUUACAGAUUGUUGCAGCAGUGAUCAUUACACCGCACCAUGUCCCAGGAGAAAAGUGGAUACCCCAUAAUGGGUGAGAGCAACCCGCUGCAUAAUGAUGUUUAUGGACCCCCACAACAAGGCUUUGGUGUGCCCCCUCCCAACUACAACCAAGCUCCAGGAGGGCCUUACCCUGGUGGGUACGGACAGCCCGGCUUCCCCCAGACAAGUCCAGGAUUUGCCCCCGGCCCCUACCCGCAGAUGCCAUACCCACAGAUGCCCUACCCACAGCAGCCCUACCCUCAGGGGCCGUAUCAGCAAGGACCCGCACAGCCAGGCUUUCCUGGUGACCCCAUGAGCGCACCUGCAGGCAGCCCUGGUUACCAUGGGGAUGGGCCUCCAUCUUACUAUGACAAUGAAGAUUUCACUAACUCCGGCUUUGAGGACAAGAAUAUCCGACAAGCUUUCAUCAGAAAAGUCUUCCUGGUUCUCACCGUGCAGCUGAUGGUCACUUUCUCCUUUGUUGCCGUCUUCACCUUUGUCGAUGAUGCCAAGUUGUUUGUGCGUAAAAAUCCAUGGACAUACUAUGUGUCCUAUGCGAUCUUCUUUGUUUCUCUGAUCGUCCUGAGCUGCUGUGGUGACUUUCGCCGCAAGCAUCCCUGGAAUUUGGUUGCUCUGUCUAUCCUGACAUUGAGCCUCUCUUACAUGGUGGGCAUGAUUGCCAGCUUCUACGACACAGAGACUGUGAUCAUCGCCGUGGGCAUCACUGCAGUGGUCUGCUUCACUGUCGUCCUCUUCUCCCUGCAGAGCAAGUAUGACUUCACUUCCUGCCGGGGCGUCCUUUUUGUGUGCCUGAUCGUGCUGUUGCUCUUCUCCAUCCUCUGCAUAUUCAUCCGCCACAAGAUCCUGCACAUUGUCUAUGCCUCCCUGGGGGCCCUGCUGUUCACCUGCUUUUUGGCUGUUGACACCCAACUUCUUUUGGGCAACAAGAAGUUGGCCUUGAGUCCAGAGGAGUACAUCUUUGCUGCCCUCAACCUCUAUACUGACAUCAUCAACAUCUUCCUCUACAUCCUGGCUCUUGUGGCACGCUCCCGUGAAUGAAGCUGCUACUUCAAGUGAACAGCAGCAUAUAAAGAAUGCCUCCCUUUUUAUUGUGAAAUAUUACUAACAUGCUCUUUCUCAUUUAACUUUCUCCCAUUGUUCCCUCUCUUAUCUCACUCACAUGCAAAAGUGGGGGGUAGUGUGGAAGAGAUGGAUUUGUGUGUCACAAAAUACAGCGUAGAGGGGCACUAGUUAUUCACCUUUUUUUUUUUUUAAUCUAGACAUCAAUGACAGAUGUCUUCAGUUUUGACCACCCUGCUUGCUCUAAUUUUCCUUACACAGAUGGCUGUGUCUAUAAAACUCACCUACUAACUCACAGUACCGUUUGGCUCUGCACAUAUAAAAUCAAACAUGGCACUCUAUGGGUGCUUUGCACUCAGUCUGGCCUUGUUGCAGAGAUUAAAACGAGGAAAUAAUGCUUUUGAUGCAAACCCAGCUUUGCCUGAAGAGAGGUUAGUGUUAGAGAUACUCUCCUCCUUUUAAAUCUGUCUGUUUUCCCAGACUUGUCUCUCAUUCUCAGUCUGCUGGUGUGAACUAACUGCAUGGCGAAAAUGUAAACAAAACUGAAGAUAUAAUUGUGUAGAUCUAGCCGAAGAAAAAGCUAGCUUGUUGCAGCUGUAAAAAAAAUAAGUGUAUUAAUGUUUAUGAUGCCAGUACCCCCCCCCCCCCCCCCCCCCCUUCCUACCUCUGAAAGGCAUGCUGGAGUGGAUUAUAUGAAUGUGCUUUUUGAGUAAGCUAUGUUGUGGUAUACAGAAAUUUUGUAAAGGUGUUUGAACAAAUAUUGGAUGGUUAUGACAAAUAUGAACAUGGAAAUAUAUUUAAAAACAUCUGGAAAGAUUUUUUUCUCAAAAGGAAGAAUGUUUUGUUCUUAAAUUAUUUGUGCAAUUUUUACUACCAAGAUCAUCUUUCACUUUGCCAUAGUCUUUUUCUUUACCGUCUUUACUUCCCUUUUGUGUAGUCAUUGUGUUAAAAGCGUAUUUAUUUUUCCUUCUUACAAUUAUUAUACUAUUAUUACUGAUUUUAUUUUAUUUUUUAUUAUUUAAGUUUUAAAAAUAUGAAGUAAAUGGGCACCAAACCUGUGGGUACUUGUGACUGAUACACUUGAGCUUGAAGUAGAUUCAGAGGUGGUUAAAGAAACUAUUUAUUUAUUUAAUUUGUUAGUGCACUGUUAACUUAUACUUUGGAAAUCUGAGACAAAUAAAUAAAACUAACAUGCGCUCUAAGUCAAAACACUGAAAAACGUAAAAAAGUUGAAUGGUGUAAUAAAUUAACAUGACUAUUUUUACUCUGUAAUUACUUUUGUAUUAUUAUUUACACCUCUUGCAUGACCCUGUCCUCAUUGGCAUGUGCUGAUAAUGCACACAAUACAGCUGUUCUUGUUUUAAGGACACAAUGAUAUUUGGCAGACAUGUUAGACUGUUUUUCUUUAAAUAUAGUGUUUGUAUCUAACUAAUGUGCAAGUGUACAUAGAUCACCCCAGUGGUUUGUUAUGUAUAGGUGGAGUUCGGGCUUUAUAGGUUCGUUUGCAUUGUACAUUUGCAUCACGUUGAAGUUGAAUUUGAACUCAGUUCCUCCACACAGCUGUUUGCUUUUGAUUAAAAGUGAUGAAAUGUAAA